AUGAAUAUCCUGCGAUUGCCUGAGCCCGGCGCGACUGCUUCGGGUGAUAAAGCACAACCUACCUCGUGUGAGGGCUACGUGACUAAACGAGGGCACUUUCGAAAGUCGUGGCGUGUACGAUUUCUGGUUCUGGAUGGCUCCAACCUUCAAGUCGCAUACUAUGAAAGUCGCGCUGCUUGCCACCCACCUAAUGGUGAAUCAACUAUGCCCAAAGGAUCAUUUUACUUGUCGAAUAUUGAACCGCAUGAGUACGUUAUUGGUGUCAUGGGUGCAGCUGAUCGUCCAUUUGGUUUUAAAAUGGUUGGGCACGCUCCCAGAAAGGGGUUUGUUGAGCUUGAUGUGUUUGUAGAGACUCAAACUGAUCGUAACAAGUGGCUUGAAGUUGCCUGUAAUGCACUCAAAGCCAAGCGUCAGCUAACGCGUCAGGCCAUCGACCAGAGCGUGAGUCCAAACAAAAAAAAACUGUUCGGCUUUAGCGUCCCAUCAUCCACACAGCCAGUAAUGUCGCCUCAGAAGCAGAUGCAAACAUUAGCAACAUCUAAAGAGGGGCUGCUACUAGAGGCACUACGUGAGAUUGAAGCUGCAAAACUUGUUGGUCGAGAGGCUUGCAACGAGAUUGUUAACCAGGGAGAAAAACUUGAUGUCAUUGAGCAGGAUUUGAGCGCUAUCGACCGCGAUCUUGAUUUUGGCGACAAAUUGCUGCACCGCCUUAAAAGCCCCACUUUGCAUUUUUUUUCAGACGACACGCGUCCUAAAGUUCCACUUGGUGAUCACCCACACCAUUCUGGGUCUACCAGUCCUUCUCGCCUUAUCCCUGCCAUAGAAAUUACCAGAGACGCUGGAGUCAGUGACUUGCAGCGGCUAGCGCAAGCUCUUGGAGAACUUGAGGUGCAGGCAGAACUUCUUAACAGCGAAUCUGGUCAUAGCUCGCAGCAGAUUGAGCGGAUCGAGCACCAUCUUUCACACGUCACUGAACGUGUCGAAAAACAGACAAAGCAAGCUGUUGCAACGCUGAGUGCCGGACCGCGGCUUUUUUAG